AUGGCGCAGAAAAGCGGCAAACCUGGUUUCAGUAGCCAGUCGUACUCUCCCUCAUCCUCCAAGGGCCGUCGGAACGUGUCUACUGCCAACUCGGAGCUGCUUACCCCACUGAACACAAAGGUCGAUCCUCAAGAUCAGCAAGCUAAGAGGAAGGAGAAAGACGACAUGGUCAGACUUAACGAUAAGUUUGUUGACUAUAUUAACAAGGUUCGUAAGUUAGAGCAAGAGACGAAAGGUUUAGAAAGGCGGCGGGAUCUGCUACUCGCGCAGAACGGCUAUAAGGGAAAGCCUGAAGACAUCGUGAAAGAAAUAGGGGCAGACCUGAGGCGGAAGAUUGAGGAACUGGCCCGAGACCGAAAGAAGUUACAGGCUGAAGUAGAGAAGAGUCAAGUGGACUUGGACAACACCCGAGCCAGGUCUGAGGACCAGCUCAAGAAAAAGGCAGACUUGGAAAACGAGUAUAUCUUCACUAAGAAGGAUCUGGACAACGACUACCUGCAGAGGGUGAAGCUGCAGCUGACGCUGGAGGGACUUCUCGGACAGAUGGACUUCUUAAAGCGUGGACACAGUGACGAGAUAAAGGAACUGAAGUCUCUGAUCCUUAAUGAGACUGUAAUGAUGACAGUAGAUAACCCUCGGAACCUGGACAUGGAGGAGACCCUGCUGGUUGUUAAAAGCCAGUACGAGGAGAUGGCAGUCCGUAACCGAGAGGAGGCUGAGCAGUGGAACCUGAAGAAGAUGGAUGACAUGAUGCUUAAAGCAGAGAAGCAGGAGCAGGAUGUGAAGGACAUCAGGAAGGAGAUCAGCGAUAUCCAAAGGGGUAUCCAGAGGCUCCAGUCUGAGAUCAACAACCUCAAAAACAAGAAAAAGAGCCUCGAGGACGACAUCACCAAGUCGGACGUCGACGGGCAGGCCACCAUCAACACUAUUCAGGAAGCGAUCGCGCAGCUGGAGGAAGCGCUGCGCAGGGACAGGAAGCCGUUUGCUGAGCAGACCCGCGACUACCAGGACCUCCUGAACCUCAAGCUGGCCCUGGACAUCGAGAUCGCCACCUACAGCCAAAUCCUGGAAGGAGAGGAGAUGAGGUAUUGGGGCCUGUGACCAAAGGCACUGCGCAGGGUACAUUUACACGUUUCGUUUACCUGUGGUUGCUCUCUGCGCGACAUUUUCACCUUUGCUUUCUUCUGCAAGAUAGCUGACCAUCAUAACCAGUAUGGUAAGAGUUCAUGUUUUUAGUUCUCAUUUCUUUUUCUUGCAUUGCCACAGAUACACAGAGGUCUGAUUUCCAUUCAGAUGUUUCUGAGUCGCAUUCUCACAUACACACACA